GGUCAGAGUGCGCCUGCGGAUAACCAGCCUCCUCGCAAACACCACACGCUACUUCAACGACCAGCGGACAAACCAUGAACCAUCAUUUUUUACCUCAUUCCCUCUGGACUAGCGAGGGUAAAUUCCUCCACCGCCACGCGACAGUCCUCUACUCCAGCGUACUUGUCAUGUGCAACAUCUCUGCUGGGGCACAGUUCGGCCCAUGCAUCCUUCAGAACACGUUCCAUGACACCAUCGCCUUCAUAGCGCUAAAAUCCAGCGACAAGAGAAGCAAAUCAUAUGUGUUCAGGGUGGGCCCCGAGGCUAUGCGGAGCUCUGCUCUUGUGCUGUCCUGGCUGCCUCUGGUGCAAGGGGCACAUCACCGGAAGGAGCAGAACACCGAAGCGUUCCUGAAGGGAGGCCAGCUGUAUUUCCGGACCACUAAGGAAAUCCAUCAGGAUGAGGAACUCUUGGUGUGGUAUGACCAGGAGCUGUCACAUCUACUGGGCUUCACUGACAUCUCAACCAGAGGACAUAAUGCCAAGCUCAAAUGUGCAAAAUGUAACCAGGUCUUGAAGAACGCGCAUCCCUACUUGGCCCACUGCCGCUUCCUGUGCUCCCAGGUGAAGAAUGACAUGCCGAGCAGAGAGGCCUAUGAACACAAACACAUUGAAAUAAAACGACAACACCGCAUCACAGACUUCCACAACAUCGCCAGGGAUCUGGAACAUAAAGAAUCCAGCGCCAGUGAGGAAGAAGAGAUUUCUCUGCGGAAAAGGAAACAUGAGGAGACGGAUUACCCCCGAUGGAGGAAACCAGUGUUACUGGAGAAAACGAAAAUAUUGAAUGACAACAUCACACAGAUAACCAGAGACUACCACCUCAUUGUGCCAGAGUCAACUGGCUCUGUUUUGAAACUGAAGGCGGCGAAGUACCAGCUCAAAAAGGACCAAGUGGAAUGCAACAAUAGUGCGUUCACAGAAGUAGGAGCUGCAAAAAGGAGUGUUAUGCACGAGAAAGAAAAGCCAACAGAGGCUGAUUCUGAGACAGUGAGGGAGAUAAGCUCUGGUUUGAACUCCAAGAGCAACAACAGUGAGUUUUCAUUCGUCCUGCUCAGUGGACAGGAGGAGCAGAAAAGCGCUUUCUGUAAACCCAAUAAAGGGACUUCUAACUGCUCUACAGCUCACCCAUCCAACAAACCUGCCCCAUCGAACCACCUAGAAGACGUUGUAACGGUUUUGACUUGAGGUUAUUAUUUAUAGGGGUGCCAGGUAGGUUG